UUCACAUUACUCACACAACACUUAAGGGGAAGGGAAAAAUGAAAGUAGGAGAGACAACGAGAGUCGACUUUUGUCCCUAUAUCUGAUCAACCAUACACUGUCUAUUGCUCCACUUACAUUCAAAGUAGGUGGCUUCUCAGCAUAUAAUACACCAUGAAGUCGAGGUCUAGGCUCGCGUAGUGCACUGACAAGAGAAAGACUGGCGUAUUGGGACGCGGCCCAAAAACAUAACGGUUCCACUCCAUUCAGACUGAUAUGCCUGAAAGACUUCGUAACUUUUAAGUGCUGAUUGGAUAAAGUUUUUCAUUAGCUCAGUUUGUGUUUCACAAUUUAACAAGUAUAUUGUGAUUAAGAUGCCUGUAUGCCUGAUCCUCCUGACACGUUUCAGUCUACGUCAGGAGUCUCGCUCUCAGUUUAGUCUUGUCUCGUCUUUCAGACUUCCAGGACCUCGUCACUACAAGCUUUACUUCACUUUAAACGACCAUAUUUGGUCUUGUACUUUCAAAAUACGUGCUUUUUAGAGAGCUUCGGACUUUAUGGAAUGGCAUCGGCGGUGUUUGAGGGAACCUCCCUGGUCAACAUGUUCGUGAAAGACUGCUGGGUUAACGGCAUCCGCAAGCUGAUUAUAAACCCAAGAGGCGAAGAAGAGGAGUUCUUCGACAUACGGACCGAGUGGUCGGAUAGAAACGUCUUGUACCUCCACCGAAGUUAUGCGGAUUUGGGACGACUUUUUAAAAGACUUCUGGACUGUUUCCCGGAAGACAGACGAGAUCUGUCAAAAUCACCUUUAAUAGAAGGUCUCAUGAAGAUUAAAAGGGCAAAGGACAUUGAGGUCAGGCUAAAUGAGGUGGAGAGGCUGCUAAAGAAUGCCAUCAAUAUGCCUUUGAAGUUUUCCAGGUCAGAGAUUGUCUUAACAUUCUUCGAACGUUCACCACUGGAUCAAGUGCUAAGGAAUGAGAAAAUACAGAAAAUACAGCCGUGCUUCCAGAGCCCCAUCAAGAUAUCAGAGAUUAUGAGGUCAAAUGGGUUCUGCCUGGCAAACACAGAGACUAUUAUAUUUGAUGACAAUGUUCCUCAGGAUAAGGACAGACCAUCUUCUACAGACUUGGCUCAGCUUUCGUAUGACGAGUGUCAGUCUGUGGAACAGGACCUCAGUCAUGAUGAUACAGUGGCGUAUGUCACAAACCUGUCCUACUACCACCUAGUACCCUUCGAGACAGACAUCUUGGAGUGAAGGGACAUUUUAUUAUAUUCUGAUGCUUUAAAUCUCUAUUCUAACAGCUGUUGGAUAUCUCAUGGCUGCUAGUCAAGGCUGCUAGCUAGCAGUGUUUCUCGAUGGUUGAUUGACAUGGGGGUGUGUCUACAGACAGUCCUUUAGGUAGUCAGUACAUACUUGUGACUGUUCCUAUGCUUAUCUGUGCCUAUGAUGCUGUUCUCAUCCAUGUGUUUCAGAAAGUCAGUCUCAUUUAAAGAACGUUUCAAUGCAUUGCAUUACAAAGUGGUGAUAAGAAAAUUAUUGAGUGCAUAUCUAAACAUUUCUGAACAUUGUGAUUGUGGCAUGUGAAACUGUAGAGAAAAUUUAUUCAGAUAAAUUAUUCUGUAUCAAGAUACAAUAGACUGAAAUUGCAUAAAAAAAAGAGUGACUGAUGGCGCCUGGUAGUAUAAAGGGUUAAGCUGUUUGCACAGUUUUAAUGUAGAUACAAAAAUAUAGAUAAUUUGCAAAACAUUAUGACUGUUAUAUCAUAUAAAGGCAAUCAAUUAUAUAUUUAUGUUUGUUCACUAGGGGCAGUUAGAAGAGGAAAUAUUCACAGGUAAAAAAUCAAUUUCAGGGCUUUAAUACAAGAAAAUGCACCAGGGUAAACAACCAAACACUGUCUGCCAAAUGCCUGGAACGUAAAUGUAAAAACAAGCACUGAAACAGAUUCAUUAAGGGUAAUAUUGCUUUCAGCACCAUUGUAACAUAAUCUUGUAGAAUUACAGAGGAUUGCACUGUAGCAAGGUAGUGCAUUUAUUUUUGUGUAUUAAUUAUUUGACGUGCUCAGCUGCUUGUUUUAGCACCAACACAAACCCUUUUUAAGGAACAAAUCAGAAGAAGCACAAAUACAGAUUUUUAACCGUAUUCAUGAAGAUAA